GCUCCGCACGGUCCGAUGGCGGCGGCCGCGCCGAAGGCCCCGGCUGAGGGCGCUGUGACGUUUGAGGACGUGGCGGUUUACUUCUCCGAGGAGGAGUGGGAGCUCCUGGACGAGGCUCAGCGGCGGCUCUACCACCACGUGAUGCUGGAGAACUUUGUGGCUGCGGCCUCCCUGGAUUGUUGCUGUGGAGCACGGGAUGAGGAUGCACCUUCCCAGCAGAGUACCUCAGCAGGAGGGUCACAGGUCAAGACGUCUACACCAGGAUUAUCCAUCCUGAAAACUGAACCUUGUAAGCAGUGUGUCCUAAUCCUGAAGGGUAUUUUGCCCUUGACCGAGUUCCAGCCCACAUAUCCUGGGAAGCAGCCAUAUUUAAGUUGGGUGUCCAGAGAUUUCUGGUUCACUACAACCCUUCACCAGCAUCAGCAGUCUGACAGUGGGGAGGAAAUCUUCAGAAUGGACAUGGGCACUUUUGCAUUUGUCAUGAGCCACAGAUUCCAGGAGGUAGGGAAGCCCUUCACCUGUGGGGUGGGUGGGAAGGACUUUGCAGCUACCUCAGGUCUUCUCCAGUGCCAGGCUGUUCCCAAUAGUGAGAGACCAGAUAGCAGCAUCGAGUGUGCAGAGCCUUUAAAAAAUAAUGUAAAAAGUCACGAGGAAUGGAUUGAAUGCAGGGAAGAGGUCAGCAACACAGACUCUUGCUAUCCAAGAGUCUGUGCUGGAGAAGGUCCUGACACGCAGAGACAGUGUAAGAAAAUCUUCAGCAGUGAACACAGACUCGCUCAGCACCAACUCACUGACACUGAAGAAAAGCCUUUUAAGUGUGGUAAAUGUGGCAAAUUCUUUAGCCGCAAAGCCCACCUUGUUCGACAUUGGAGCGUUCACACUGGAACAAAGCCUUACGAGUGCAUUGAGUGUAGAAGGUCUUUCAUCCAGAAAUCUGACCUCGUUCUACACCAACGAGUACACACUGGAGAAAGGCCUUAUGAGUGUAGGGAAUGUGGGAAAUGUUUUAAGAGAAGCUCUGGUUUCCAAAUUCAUCUGAGAAUUCACACUGGAGAAAGGCCUUAUGAGUGCAGGGAAUGCGGCAAGUCCUUCAACAGUGGCUCUAGCUUGCACGUUCAUCAGAGAGUUCACACUGGGGAGAGGCCUUACGAGUGCAGCACGUGUGGCAAAUCCUUUAAGCAGAAGUCUAUCCUCACUGAUCACCAAAGAGUUCACACUGGAGAGCGGCCGUAUGAGUGCAGUCAAUGUGGCAAAUGUUUUAACAGUAGCUCUGGCCUCUAUGCUCAUCAGAGAGUCCACACUGGGGAAAGACCUUACGAUUGCGGUGAGUGUGGCAAAUUGUUUGCCAGGACCUCCAGCCUCCUUGUUCACCAGAGAGUCCACACUGGGGAGAGGCCUUACGAGUGCAAUGAAUGUGGGAAGGCCUUUAGACAGAAAGCUAUCCUCGUUGAUCACCAGAGAGUUCACACUGGGGAACGGCCAUAUGAGUGUAGCAAAUGCGGGAAGGCCUUCGGCCACAAGACCAACCUCCUGGCGCACGAGCGCAUCCACUCGGGCGCGAAGCCGUACAUGCGGCACGAGUGCGGGGAGUGCGGCCGCGCCUUCGGCCGCAGGGACACGCUGGCGCAGCACCGGCGGACGCACAGCGGCGAGCGGCCGUUUGCGUGCGGGCAGUGCGGCAAGGCCUUCGGCCGCAAGGCCACGCUGGCGCAGCACCUGCGGACGCACAGCGGGGAGCGGCCGUUCGCGUGCGGGGAGUGCGGCCGGGCCUUCGGCCGCAAGGACCACCUGGCGCAGCACCGGCGCGUGCACACCGGGGAGACGCCCUUCGGCUGCGGCGCCUGCGGGCAGCGCUUCGGCCACCGCUCCAACCUCGUGGCGCACCAGCGCGUGCACACGGGCGAGCGGCCCUUCGUGUGCGGCCGCUGCGGGAAGGACUUCACCCGCACCUCGCACCUCGCCCGCCACCGGCGCGCGCACAGCGGGGAGCGGCCGUUCGCCUGCGAGCAGUGCGGGAAGGCCUACGGCCUGCGCUCCCACCUGGCGCGCCACCGGAAGGCGCACGCGGCGGGGAGGCGGCCGGGGCGGGGCGCGCCCGGCGCCCUGGAGGAGGAGGGCUGA